CAGGACGUUAGCUAGAAAUGGACAAAAAUAGCAGAAAAAACUGAAAGACGACCAAAAAAAAAUCAACAACGACCUUCAUUUAUCUGAUUAGAAGUGACGGUUAUUAUUACUGCUGCUGCUGCUGCUGCUGCUGCGGUGGAGUGUACAAAGUAGUAAACUUUGCAGAGUCAGACUGAGGGAGCACCUGACCACACCUCCCUCUGACUCACCUCUGUCUCUAUUGGCUCCUUGUCCUGCGCCAGGUCUUCCUCAAAACUCCUCAGUCUCCACCAUCCUCCCCACUAACACUUGUUGCUGCUGCCGCUCCACCAGCUUCACCUGAAUGAGCUCCAGCACCUGCUCCUGCUCCAGCGUGUCCUCAGGUAUCUCCUGCAGGGAGUGAUGAACUCCAUCGACCCUCAGACCCACCACCAGCACCAGCACCACCAUCAGCAGCAGCAGCAGAACCUCACCGGCACCAGCACCUCCUCCCCGACGCCCAAGUCUGCCCAGCAGGAGGCCCCGGACAUGGCAGCGGUCUACUGUGAGAACUUCAGCAGCGUGUACCACCAGCAGAACCUGCAGGCUCCUCAGAGAGCCGCAGGUUACGGACUGGGAGAGUACGCGUCCUCUCCAAACGCCGCCUACCUGUGGCUGAACGGGCCGGGCGUCAGCUCCUCGGCCGCGUCCUACCUGCACGGAAACAGCCCGUCGGCCGCCUCCUUCAUGCCGCCCACGUACGGCUCUCAGCGGCAGUUCAUCAGCAGCUCCCAGGGCUUCGGUGGACCGGACCUGGGUUGGCUGUCCAUCGCCAGUCAGGAGGAACUGCUGAAGCUGGUGCGUCCUCCUUACUCCUACUCAGCGCUCAUCGCCAUGGCCAUCCAGAAUGCGCACGACAAGAAGCUGACCCUGAGUCAGAUCUACCAGUACGUGGCCGACAACUUCCCCUUCUACAAGAAGAGCAAGGCGGGCUGGCAGAACUCCAUCAGACACAACCUGUCCCUUAAUGACUGCUUCAAGAAGGUGCCCCGGGACGAGGACGACCCAGGCAAAGGAAAUUACUGGACUUUGGACCCAAACUGUGAAAAGAUGUUUGACAACGGGAAUUUCCGAAGAAAAAGGAAGAGGCGCUCUGACCCCAGCAGCACAGGAGGAUCUGCAGUGACGGGGCCCACAAAGACGGAGGAGGGAAGGUCGGGGGUCCAGCCCAAGCCCGCCGAGAGUCCUCAGCUGCUUGGGCCGUCGUCUCCAGACAUGGACACCUUGAACGACAACCACAAGAGCUUGUCCACCUCGUCCUCCUUGUCUCCUCCAGGACUGUCGUCCUCCACUUCCACCCCUUGCUACAACAACUUUUACAGCAGCAUGUCCACACUGACCUCAGGGGCCCCUGGACGACAGGGGUCCCUGGGACUGGUGAACGAGCUGUCCAACAGGAACAUUACGGCCCUGAGUCCGUAUCACCAUCACCACCACCAUCCCAACCACAGCCAUGCAGGACAGGAAGCGUCAGAGCACGGAGACGGUCUGCAUUUCAACCGUGGAGUUUACUACAACACCUUCAGCGGCGGUGGAGGUCAGAGUGGACAGUUCAACGGUCACUUCUACAACAGCUUCGCCCUCAACAGUCUUAUCUACCCCAGAGAUGGGACUGAACUGUAGACAAGCUCCAACCUCACCUUCCCAGUCCCAGUCCAGAGCUGGACAUGAGGACUGAGCAGGUUCAGAGAGGACAGUCUCUCAGCAGCUCCAUCGACAUCAACCUGCGUCAUAUUGGAGACCCAGCUGCAGGAGGCUGCGUGCCACUCUGGUCCGGUCCGUUUGUCGGUGCUGGGUUCAGACACCUGUCCUGAGUCCUCAGUCUUCUCUGGGUCACAAGAGAAAAACGUCCAUUGCUGUGUGUGUGGACUAGGAGCUGAACUGCACAAAAACAAUUGCUGCCCCAGAUUCAGGCCAAGGACAUCAGAUCAUAGGGGUUUUGUAAGAUAAAUAAAUGAAUAAUUUCUUUUUUUUUACGAGCAUUUACAAUGACAAACAUGUACAUUUUUUUCCUUUUUGACAAACACUGACACUGAAACUUUGUUUGUUUUGUUUUUUAUUCUUCUAACAAAUCCCCUUGUGUUGUUUUUAUACUGAAAAAGCACUUAUGUUUUUUUUAUAAUUCAUUUAUUUGCCCCAAUUUGAAGAGUUCUUAAAAAAGAGAGUCUUACAUCCACUCUGUCAUGUUGUAAAUGUAUAGUUAAUUCGUCAGCACUGAGACCACGGCACACUUCCAACUCACUCUCACAAAGCUGCAGUAGGGAAGCUUCAAUGUGCUGUUGUAUGACAUUGGUUCCCUCCAAACACUCUAGCCUUCUCCCACGGUCCAAAAACAUGUAGAUUGGGGUUGAGGUUGAUAGUUGUUUGUCCCUGGGAUAGACCUGAGAUCUGUCCGGGGUCUGACCCUGCCCUCACUUGAUGACUGCUAGGAUUAGGAUGGUCACCAGGCCCAAAAACACAUGCUGUGGCUACGUACAGCAGUUAAUGUUCCGUAUCAUUCUCUACUAAUUUGCUGAAGUGCCUUGUGUGGAAGAGGAAUCCCCACCUGCAAUACAUGACAUCCAACAGUUGGGAUCUCUCAUAAAGUACCAGGAACUUUUGUAACACGGACUAUUUUCAUUUCUUUAAAUAUUGUACAAAGCAGUUUCUUUGUUUUUCCUGUGAAAACCAUUCCAACCAGUUUCUGUUUUUAAACUGUCCUCUGCCACUGUUUGGUGCCUGUUCCUGCAUCGUGAGCUGGUCUAAAGUUCCUGGCACUUCUUUUGUCAUCUGAAAUCACAGUGUUCUAAAAACACAUUUAAGUUCUGUUUCCACUAAGUUACUGGUGCUGAUUCCAGUUCCUGGAACCAAUUACAUAAUGGAAAACACAUAGUAGCUGGUAUAAGUUACUGCUGUGUGAUUGUGCCUUAGGUUCAGGGUACUAGUUUCAAUGAUGAGUAUUUAUUUUUCUUUUUAGACUACAAUGGCCAAAAAACAGUCCCACCACAGAAUUAGGUUCUGUUUCCAGUUCCUGGUACUUUUUCACUGGUACACUCUCAUCACUGUGCAUUGAUAAACAGUGUACUGACUGAAUCCACAGCUCAUGUAAAUAAAAGAAGUGUGUAUUUUUGUAAACCAUGACGAUAGUUUGUAAGUAUUUAAGGUAUUUAUGCAACUGUGUAUUUUACUGCUGAUCUGCUGUAAGUGUGAAUGGAAACGCCGAGCUACAGAGCAGCAGAGAGGAGAGAGCAGGAACUAUUUGUUCUGCGUUCGCUCUUGUCUCAGUGUGACAACGACAAGUGAAAACCUUUUGUUUCCUCAUGUCUUCCUUCAGCCCAGCGCUGCAGUCUCCACUGUGAUGAUGAAUAAAUAUCUUCAUUCAUAUCUCCAUUCUUCUGUCAGCUGUC